AUGCAGUCUAGAUCACAGCAUGUGUUACCGAACAUAUGCGUUCUUUGUCAGAAAGAAAAGACGAUCACAUGCCGAAUCAUUCGUAAAAGGAAAAAGGAACAUCUUGUGAAAUGUUCUACUAUAGAUGCCGUUAAUUUGAAGCAAGCAGCAGAGGACAACAAAAAUGAAACCCUGCUCAUGCAGAUCAAGGAUAAGGAUUGCGUGGCUAUUGAGGUAAGGUAUCACAAUUCUUGCUACAAAGAUUACACCCGCUACCUUACGAAACCACAAUCUGAUGAUACAAGCAAGAAUGAUACAUCUUAUUCAGUGGCAUUUGAAGUAUUUCGUGAGAAGGUGAAAUCCAGCAUCAUUGAAAACAAAGAUAUAACGAGACUGAAAACACUCAAUGACAUGUUCAUCAAACAGGUUAAAUUAACACAUGGAAAAGAAGCAGAUUCCUACAAAACUGGCAAUCUGAAGACGCGUUUAAUGAAGACAUUUCCUCAGUUGUGUUUCAUUACCCCACGCAUGAGAUCGCAAAGCGAAAUAGUAUAUGUUAAUGACAUUUCGACAGCUGCACUUGUAGAGGAGAAGGAAUUGCUUCAAGAUGCAAUGCAAAUCACUGCAGACAGAGAGGAAGAUUCGACGAAUGAAAUCGUCAAAGCCCCAACACCGUCCAAACAGAGUAACAUCUUCGAUGCCCAAACAAACGAACUUAAAGACAGCUACAUGACAGCAUUUAAGUUAAGAAAUAUCAUAAAUGAUGUAAAACCAACCAUGCCCUGGCCUCCAACUUCAGAACACCGGAAUAAAAAACCCCUGCAGAAACAUUAG